AUGUGGGGGCUGUCCUAUGGCCUGCUGGACGUAUUAAACAAACUUUUCAGGAGACGUUGCACGUUACCAAGGCCAGUCGGGGCUGUUGCAGGCGGCUUAUUUGUCGGCGCCUAUUUCCUGGUGGCGCUGCCCGCCGGAUACUUUAUGGACCGCAAGGGCUAUAAGGCGGGCAUUCUGGUCGGGCUUUGCCUGUAUGCGCUGGGGGCGCUGCUGUUCGUGCCGGCGGCGUCGGCCAACAGCUUCGGCUGUUCCUGUUUGCGCUGUUCGUUAUCGCCAGCGGUUUGGGCUGCCUGGAACGGCCGCCAACCCGUACGCCACGGUGCUGGGCGACGCGCAGGGCGCCGAACGGCGGCUCAACUGGCCCAGUCGUUCAACGGCUCGGGCAGUUUAUCGGCCCGUUGA